UGGCCCGGGCCGGCCUUUGGUCUUUUGUGUCGGGAUACGUUUCAAGAAGUUGACGAGCUCACAACAGGUGCUGUUCCCACUUACCCGGCGCCUCACCCCCGCUGUGAUCGUGUGAAUUGUAGAAGUAGUAGAGUGCGAUGAAGAGCGAGCGGCCGGGUCCGCUGCGCUGGCUACGCCAUCUGCUCGACGAGCUCCUGGUGCGCCUAUUAAGUCUGCGGUUGUUCCACUACGAAAUUAAUGAUCCCGGGCUGGAAUUGCAGCCCGUUCCCAAAUUCGUACCCAUACCCAGGGUCAAGGGCUUGCCAAUCGUGGGGACUUUUCUGGAUCUGAUCGCUGCCGGAGGAGCCAUGCACCUUCAUAAGUAUAUUGAUGCUCGCCACCGGCAGUAUGGGCCCAUCUUUCGGGAACGCUUGGGCGGCACUCAGGAUGCAGUGUUCGUCUCAUCCGCCAAUCUGAUGCGAGGCGUCUUCCUGCACGAGGGUCAGUAUCCGCAGCAUCCGCUACCGGAUGCCUGGACGCUCUACAACCAGAGGCAUGCCUGCCGACGUGGACUGUUCUUCAUGGAGGGCGCCGAAUGGCUGCAUAACCGACGCAUACUUAAUCGGCUGCUGCUCAACGGAAAUUUGAAUUGGAUGGACGUGCAUAUUGAGAACUGUACCAAGCGGUUGGUGGACCAGUGGCGGAGCCGAACCGCGGAGUUGGAGACUACAGUAAACGUUACGGAGCCGACGUUGGACGAGAGUUGCGAGAAACGCAGUUACGAAGUACCCCAGUUGGAGCAGCAGCUCUACAGAUGGUCCAUUGAAGUGCUCUGUUGCAUCAUGUUCGGCAACACAGUGAUCACCUGCCCCGAGAUUCAGUCGGCCCUGGACCACUUCACUCAGAUUGUGCACAAGGUUUUCGAGCACAGCUCACGCCUGAUGACUUUUCCGCCAAGAUUGGCUCAGAUGCUGCGUCUGGGAAUCUGGAGCGACUUCGAGAAAAAUGUUGAUGAAGUGUUGCGUGAGGGAGCUGCCAUCAUUGAUCACUGCAUAGAACUGCAGCAGCAUCAAGGGCCCAAGGAUGACCCCCAACUGCCGCAUGAGGAGGCCCUCUUCCAGCGCCUGCAGGCUGCGGAGGUCGCUGCCGAUAUGAUUAAGCGGAUAUUUGUUGACUUGGUCAUAGCAGCAGGUGACACGACCGCCUUUAGCAGCCAGUGGGCAUUGUUUGUGCUGUCCCAAAAUCAGUUCCUCCAGAAACGGCUGGCCCGAGAGCGAGCUUCCCAUGGCUCCCAGUUGCUACACGGUCUGAUCAAGGAAUCUUUACGUCUGUAUCCAGUGGCGCCAUUCAUAGGUCGCUAUCUGCCCCAAGAUACGCAACUGGGUGGACACUUCAUCGAGAAGGAUACUCUGGUGCUGCUCUCCCUAUACACAGCCGGGCGUGAUGCAUCCCACUUUGAGCGUCCUGAGCUGGUACUGCCGGAGCGCUGGUGCCUUGGACAGUCGGAGCAGGUGCAUCAAUCGCACGGCAGCCUGCCCUUCGCCAUCGGUCAGCGGUCUUGUAUCGGACGUCGCGUGGCAUUAAAGCAGCUACAUUCCCUCUUGGGUCAGUGUGCUACCCAGUUCGAAAUGCACUGUCUCAACGAGCAGCCCGUCGAUUGCGUUCUCCGCAUGGUUACUGUUCCGGAUCAGACCCUGCGUUUGGCCCUCCGGCCGCGAACCGAGUGAUACCCAUACACCCAUACAACGUAAUCGUAAUAUUAACACUAAAACUAGAGUUAAAUGUAAUCGUAGUUUCUUUAGUUUUAUACAAAUACAUAUAUAAAAGUCACAACUAUAA